AUGCCCCAACCCAAAUAUCUCAAACCAAACCUUGUGGAAGGAAUGCUCUACACCCUUUACUUCCAACGAGUCGCCCCACAAAAAGCAUAUGAGAGGGUGAAACGGAUGACUGGAGAGGAGACAUUGAGUCUGGAACAAGUCAAGGAUUUAUUCCUGCAAAUGGACGCGGGAAAGUUUCCUCUGCGGGAGAUGGAGGAGAAGGUGGAUACACUUGUUAAGGUGAUGAAGGCGACGACAAAGAAGGAUUUGGAUUUGAAGACGAGUAUUCAACUCCGCCGAACCUUCUUCUCCCUCCAGUACAUUGUCAACCUAGACAGUUUCCAUCUUUACAACCUUCGCUAUGAAUUUGGCGCCAACAAAAUCGAGAUCACCUUCGACUACCUGAAAGUCACCUUCAUUUAUGUCGCUGAUAAAGUCACUGGAAUAAUGUUUGAUGGAAAAUAUCGAUUGAUUGAAGAUGACAUGUUCACCCUCUCCGAAGGCUUUCUUCAUAAUGUGAUAAGACACGACGAGACUACUAUUGAGACUUUGCACAUUACGGAGCACAUGUCGGAACUCGAGCACAUACUACGGUAUCAGGAAGUCAAGCCGGAUUUUGUGGCCAAGAAGAUAUCGUUGGAAAAAGUGUUAUACGAGUUGGACCCUCGAGAACUGGAGCAUAAACGGCCAAAGUUGAAAGUGAAAAAUAUCAAAUACUACAGUCUGCAGGGAUUCGAGGACUUGUAUGAGACCAUCCGCUGGCUGGAUCCCGAUUUUCUUAACAGUAUUCAAAUGACGGGAAGCACAACACCAAUACAGAUGAAUGAACCGAAUUUUGCGGUUUUUUAUACUGAGCAAUGGCAGAAACUAAAGAGAAUCGAGUUGAUGCAACCGUGUCCAAUUGAGAUUCUAUGCACGAUGUGUCAUAUGGGCUUGGCCUCCGUGCGGGCUGUCAGUUUUCCGACUGUCGAGGAGUUUAAGAAGAUUUUGGAGAGAAUCCUUCUGAACCAAUCCCUCAACCAAUUCCGUAUCAAGUGCCCUGUAAAUGAAGAGAACUACAAUGCAGUCAUCCGUUACAUAGAGACUAUCGAGUAUCAACGCAACAAUCAUAUCGCAUGGCAUUAUCUACAGUAUCCCAAUGGAUCUCCACGUUGGUUGUCGAUGAGAAUUGCCAAGAAGAGAAUCUGGCUCCGUGGGCCGUGUUUUCAGAUGGAUGAUUGGGAAGAGGGAGAUGGACACCAGCUGGAAGAGGAUAUUGCCGAUGAGCCGGUGGGAACGGUGGUGGAUAUGGCCGAUGAGAUUGGGUGGUAA